GUAAAUAUUCCUUCAUGUGCGUAUUUUCGCACUCUCGGAUUUUGGAGGAAAUAGUUGUACCUGUUGAGUGGUUCUACUUCCUUGUGCGUUCAUUUCAGGGAUGCAAGGGGUGGAGGUGACCUAUCUGGCAAUGCAGCAGUGCGGCACUGUAGUAAAUGUCUGCCCCCGCCGCGGGCGCUUGUCGUUUUGUCAGGUGUACGUGCAGCUGCGAGGGAUGGUCGACUUUGACGUGGAGAUCAAGAAGCUCCAGAAGCAGCUGGACACCAAGAUCGAGCCUCAAAUCACCAUGCUCGUGAAGAAGAUGGAAGCCCCCGGGUACGAGGACAAGGUCCCAGAGGCCGUCCGAGAGACCAACUCCAAGAAGAAGGCCGAGUUCGAGGCGCAGAAGGACAGCGUCCUCAAGGCCAUGCAGCAGUUCGAGGGGCUCAAGAUCUAGCUCGUCGACUUGGGCGUUCGUCUAUUUGGUUCGUUUAUGGAUGUACCAGUAGGUUUGGUAGCAAGGCGGGGGCUACUCUGAGGUCGUUCGAAAACCCGGGGGCCGCGUGGUGCAAUGGUCGUCGUGGUUUGGUGUUGCCAUUAAGGCGGAGAGCUGUAGAAGCCGAGCCGCCCCCUGAUGCCUCGUUGUAGCAUGCUGAGCUUUGCUUUGCUUUGGGUUUGGGCCAUACAGGAGCCCGAAGGUCCCUCUUGCUGCUGAGCUUUUCCUUGCUUUGCUUGCUUUGGGCCAUACAGGAGCCCCCGGCCCUAUUGGUGCGGCAACAAGUUGAAUCUGGUCGAAGGAAGCACCCGAUGCGUUGCUUGUUCGGUCAGUGUGAUGCUGUAUCAGCAGCGCUUGCGUUUCUUGUCAGUCAGCGAUCAAUGAAGUACACCUAAAAUAGAGGUAUGAAAGGGCGCAAUGUUGCAUUUUUUUCUGUUCUUCGCAUCGCGUGACUUGUGAUGCCUCUCGUACCCCCGGCGUCGGGGUGAUAAAAACAGCCGUGGUUUUGGUUGGCUCUCUUGGGCAUCAAACACACGGGGAUUGCUCGUCAGCUGGAAAUCCUCGCCCACGCCUUCGCAUUAGAGAAGCUCGUCGGAGGGCUCCAGAGCAAGCGCUGUUGUGUUGGCGGCGGUUAGGCUCCCCUCUCUUUCCCCGUCUCCCCUCUUACAUCGUGUGUGGCUGGAACCAGAAUACGUGCAUCAAAACUGCUGUAUUUGUGCGUGAAGUGUGGAGUGCUGCUUGGACUGACCGCAGCUUCGUAUCGUGUUUGGAGGAAGAAAGUUAUCGCAACAUGUGCACCCUACCUUCCUCACUCUAUUCGUCCACCAGGCAGCGGACGG